AUGGCUAUUGGUGUCGCUGAAUUGAUUGGAUAUUAUAGGUAUCACAAGUCAAAAGUGUAUCACCGACCGCUGGUCAUCUCGAUAAACCAAUCAAAAUGGGAACUCAUCCAUGAAAAUCCGGAACUCAGAUUCAAUGAAGUGAAAGCACACAAUAACAUCACAUCUAUGCUCAAGGAGCUCGGCUACUCUGUCACAACUAGCGCUUAUAGUAUUCCAACUGCUUUCCAAGCCGAGUAUGGUAGCGGAGGUCGCCUUGUAGUAUACAAUGCGGAAUAUGAUGCUCUACCUGACAUUGGACACGCCUGUGGUCAUAAUCUAAUUGCUACCGCCUCAAUUGCAUCGUUCUUGGGCCUUGCAUCAGCAUUGAAGAAACAAAAUGUCCCAGGUCGAGUCAGACUCUUGGGAACACCAGCUGAAGAAGGUGGUGGAGGGAAAUUGAUGCUCAUUGAUGCAGGAGCUUACAAAGAUGUUGAUGCUUGCAUGAUGGUUCAUCCGUCUAUUAGGGAUCCAAGUCAAGGCCAUGUUGGUUCCGCAUACCUCACCACGUUGGCAAGUCACAACUUUAAGAUCCGUUAUACAGGAAAGCCUUCACAUGCUGCUAUGGCACCUUGGGAGGGUAUUAAUGCACUUGAUGCUGUUGUUCUUGCUUACAAUGCUAUCAGUGUCUUGAGACAGCAGAUCAAACCUUAUGAAAGAAUCAAUGGAGUGAUUGAAUCUGGUGGUACGAGGCCAAAUAUUAUUACGGCCAGUGCAAGAUUGGUCUAUUACGUCCGAAGUGCCACUGUCAAAGAAACCUAUGAGCUCAGAGACAGAGCUAUCAAAUGUUUUGAAGGAGCUGCUAUCGCAACAGGUUGUACAGUUGAGUUUGAAGACAUAAACACAUACGCCGACCUACGAUCCAACAAAAAAAUCUGCAGUCAAUACGCAGAAGCAAUGUCUAAUCUUCAGCACCCUGUUACAUGUGACUUCAAACACAUUUAUAACGCACCUGGCUCAACCGAUAUGGGCAAUGUAAGCUACGAAUGUCCCGGCUUUCACGGCAUGUGCGGAAUCUCCAAUACAGCUGUUAACCACACGCCUGAAUUCACACAGGCAGCCGCUACCAAAGAAGCUUAUGAUAUUACUAUUGUGACUGCUAAAGCCAUGGCGAUCGUCGGCUGGAAUGUACUUACUGAUGAUGAGGUAGCGAAGAACGUAAGAGCGGACUUUGAAGAGGAUAAGAUUUUGAGAGAGAAGCCAAAGAGUGGUGUGGUUAUAAGCGGUGCUUGUUAA